AUGACCACUGGCGAACUAUCCUUGCUCUUGGCUGCAUCCAAAUCUUGGCCAUUACAUCAAAUGGAUGUCAAAAAUGCAUUCCUCCAUGGUGACCUUAAGGAGGAAGUUUACAUCACAUUUCCUGGUGGUAUGUCGACUCUCUCCCCGAAUACUGUUUGCAAAUUGAAACGAUCUUUAUAUGGCUUGAAGCAGGUCCCAAGAGUAUGGUUUGAAAAGUUUCGCUUCACUCUUCUUGGUUUUUCUUUCAAUCAAAGUCAGUAUGAUCCAUCACUCUUCCUUCAACGGACUCCUAAAGGGAUCGUCGUACUUCUUGUUUAUGUGGAUGACAUUGUGGUCAUUGGUUCUGAUCAAGAUGUUAUUUCUAGAAUCAAACAAAUAUUGAAUUCAACUUUUCACAUGAAAGAGUUAGGCCAUCUCAAUUAUUUCUUGGGUUUAGAGGUGCAUUACCAUCCUGAAGUUAAUGUUAAAUAUAGGCGACAUGAAGGAGAGCUUCUUGACGAUCCCACUCAAUAUUGGAAACUAGUUGGUAGUCUCAUCUAUGUGACUAUCACUCGCCCUAAUAUUUCUUAUGUUGUACACACUGUUAGUAAGUUCAUGCAAUCUCCAAGGCACUUCCAUUUUUCAGCAGUACAGCGUAUCAUUAAAUAUCUCCUUGGCACCUCAGGUCAUGGUUUAUUCUUUCCUGGUAAUUCAUCUCUUCAACUCCAAGCUGAUAGUGAUGCUGAUUGGGCUGGUUGUCCAGACACUAGGAGGUCAACUACUGGCUGGUGUAUGUUCCUAAGGAAUGCUCCUAUUUCACGGAAAUGUAAAGACACAGUCUCCAAGUCGUCCACUGAAGCAGAAUAUCGUGCAAUGUCUGCUGCUUGUUCUGAAAUAACAUGGCUACGUGGUCUUCUUACAGAGCUUGGAGUUUCUCAAGCACAACCACUCCACUACAUCCUGAUAACACUAGUGCCAUACAGAUUGCAGCAAAUCCAGUUUACCAUGAACGGACGAAACACAUUGAGGUCGACUAUCAUUCUAUCCGAGAAGCAUAUGAUCGUAGGGUCAUCACUCUACCACAUGUCUCCACAGCUGUUCAAAUAG